AUGCCGAAAUAUCCCGAAGAGACGAGACAUGUAAGUUGAUAUAUUGAGACAUACAAUUGAAAUAAAAAGUUAUGAGGAGGCAGAGUGACGGUUAUAGAAGUUUGCUAAGAACUAAAACUAUCCGACAACGAGCUAUUUCUUAUGUUUGUAUUGCAAUUUCACCCUCAUUAGCCGUCUAAUAUGGACGUGCAUUAGACUAAAACCCUACAUUGUGAUAUAUCAAGAAGUGUUUGACAUUAGAGAAAUAUCUUUUAGGUGAGCAUGCCUCCUACAGGCCGCUGGGUGUGGAAUGAUGAAACAGACACAUUGGAGUUUCUAAGGUAGGUAGGGCCUAUUUACAGCAGAGGCACUUUACUGCACCUGACCACACUCUUUUUACAUUGUUUGGAUAUAAUGCUACUAAACUUUUUACCUUUCUCUAGCUCUAGUCCAACAGAAGAAGGUGUUACAAGAGUGAGGGAGACAACAAACAUCGACUUUAGAGAGCUUCUGAUGCGGUCUGAGUGGUAAGUUAGGCCUUAAAGGGAUAUUCCGGCGUGAAAUUAAUUUAGGGUCAAACACACGUAACAGUUAGACACCCUCUCAAGAGAUUAAUGGUGCCGACCGCUUUCUUCUCUAGUAAUACCAACUUUAGAAACGACCACACGAUAGCAAUACACAGCGGUCUAAGGAGCCACACAGAAACCUUAACAAAAACGCCACUCCAUAGCUACAAAUAAUGCUCAGAACAGCACCUAACUUCAUCAACAGUACAUAUAGGGUCCCAGCCAUCAAACAUCCUUUUAGCUUUGCCUGAUUUCUUGAAGUUAGGUGCUGUUCUGAACAUUAUUUGUGGCAAUAGAGUGGUGUUUUGGUUGAUGUUUCGAUGGCUCCUGAGACCACUGUGUGUUGCUAUCCUGUGUUACAGUGUGUUUGACCCUAAAUUAAUAUUACGCCAGAAUAUCCCUUUAAAGCUUUAAAAAGUCAUUGAAUUUGACUUUUGCUCACAUUUUAACACGUUUCUGGUCACUUAAUGAGAAGAAGAGAUGUUGCUUUCAACAGCUCUGGCAUUAAACUGCUCUUAGAAGUUUUGACUCUCACAUGUUUGAGACUGCUGAUUACUGUUGUUUCCACAGGCUGGCUGAUAUGUCUCCACUGAACCACAGAGGGCACCACAGCCUCAAAAAGAGUCUCAGCCCGGCCCAUCUGAGUGCUUACAGGUCUGAUGUGAUGAAGAGACAGGGGGACCGGGUCACCAUUGAGGAUGUGAAACGCAAGUGUCAAUUUGUUUCUGAAUAAUCCUGCAGGGCACCUCUACCAGCUGUAGAUGGAGAGACUGUAUUUACUUUGGAGGCUGUAUUGGUGUAUUUAAAGUGAUCCUGACACUAUUUCCAUUCUGUCGUUUACAAAUUAAAUACAUUUAGGGUAAUAAUGGGAGCAUUUGUCCAGGCUAGAGGACCUUUGACCACAUUCUGAUUAAGCUCUCUUUGUUAUAGAGGUGGCUGUUGGUUUGCUGCAGGAGAAUUAUUCACUCCCAAUUCCUCUCGGGUUCUUGGCUUUGUUAAAGUAAGAAAUAGAAAGAAAGGCACAUUAUUAAUCAUAUAAACAUUGUUGUGCACAGUAUAAAGAGGCAAAGAAUACACUAAUGAAAGCUGUUGGUGUUUUUUCCAGGAGCGAACAGCUUGAUAAGAUUUUGACAGCCCUCCUCUUAUAUCUGUCUUGUUUCUUCAAUCAUAAAUCUCUGGGGGAAAAAUCAAAGCCUCUGAUAGUGUAAGUACACAAGAGUGUUGACAGUGAUGCUCAUUUUUCUCAUUAUGUUUCAGUAACAUUGUUGUAUUUUAACUUUAACCAUUUUCCUUCCUUUGGGUUUUUCAAUCGUCUGUCUCCUCACUCCUUCGCCGACAAACCUGCCAGUGACAUCAUCACAGAGCGCCAGAUGAUGGCCGAAGCUUUGGCCAAAAAGGACAUAGCUCAAAAGAAGCUGUCUGUCUGCUACUUCAGCCUGAUCAUGGACCUGGAAAUAGAACAGCAUCAACGCUCAUCAUAUCGCAAGCGAGUAUUUGUUCAGUGUAGUGCAGGAGGUAUGCUGAGAAACUGCUCCUUGAAUUUCAAAUACCUCCUGGAAGCAGCAGCAGUUAAUGUCUUCCCAGGGGACAUAAAAACCAUCAGCGACACUCUGCUGUCACUGCAACUUAGAGUAAGAUCUGCACGAAAGCGUCUAAUAGUCACGGGUUUCUCUUGGAAAAAGCUUUGCUCUCGAUAAAGAUGCGUACUGUUGAAAUAUACAGGAGCUAUCAGAGCUGUAAAGUCAUUCAGGUUCCAGGUUCUGACCUAAAACUUGAGAUCCGGUGAUGAAUUCAACAUGUCAGCGUUGAAUAAAGUGAAUCUUGUGUGUUUUUCCAGGGGCCGGAUGUCUUCAAACAGUACAGAAUGGCUUCUACAUGCUGUAAGUGCAGUAGGGAUCAAACACAGCAUAAUGGGAGGACUUAUAUAUAUCACUAGACAACUGUAAACAGGAAGAAAAUAGACUCUCCUUAUCAUUUCUUGCUUUUCCAGAGAAAAAAACAACAUCAUUUAUUACAAUGCUGCGUGUUUUUAAAUUCAACCACUUUGGCUGUUAACCUAACCAAAAUACCAGCAUCAUGAAAAAAAUACAUAAUUAUCUCUACAUUUGAUUAUGUAUAAAAGUGGAAGACACACCUGUAAAUCUUCCUGUUGCACAAAAGUGAUGCUAAAAUACGUCCAAUUCGACAUAUUUGACAACACAGCUGAAAAAGAGGUAAUUCAAGAUUUUAAAAUCAAAUAACUAAGCGAAAAAACUUUUCUCUUAAAAUGAAAAAUCGGACAUAAAUGAACUCAAUGAGAAGAGAUUAUAAUCAGAUAGUCACUUGCGUUUUGACUUUAAAUCCCUGUCCGAUCUGUUAACAUAGAGGAGACAGGCUCUAUGACCUAUACUGCACCCAGUCAGCAGGGGGAGCUCUAAAUCUUUUGGCUUCACUUUUGGGUUGCACUCUUGGCGUCCACCUUAUCAUGCAGCUAUCCACAGCAAAAAAAAUAAACAAAGGAGUAAGAUUUAAUCCAAACACCACUUUUAUCUCUUACUUAUGGUGAAUAAAAAGCUGUUUUGUCAGGGUAAAUUUUGAAUACUAAACUUUGACAAACUCUCCCUCCAAUCCUGGUGAAAAAUCUGCAACAAAAGUUCACCACCAGAAGGAGCUGGUUCAUGAUUCUGUCCUCUGCCCUCAUUCCCCUCUCUUCUCUCGAUUAAUUUGACUCACUAAUGACCUGAAAUUAAUCUCCUUCCAAAACAUUAGAGAAUGUAUUUGGUCAUCUGCACAGAAAUAAAGUUGUUCUCUUCACUGGCCAGAGCGGAGGCCACUUCACCAUCUGGGAACACAGACGGCAGUGAGCAGAACAGUUCAGCUUCUGGGCUGGUUCUGCCCGGUGGCCUUAAUGAAUUAGUUAUUGGUAGGCGAUGUUGACUCAGUGCAGGUGCUUUGCUUUGACAGGCUCCUUCCUGUAUUUAGGCAGGUGGGCGGACAUCGAGAGAAAAAUCUCCCUAACAGCAGCUUAUUGCUCUGCUCUGUAUGUGACCUUUAUCUUGGAUGGGAAUAGCUGUUUUGACGUUUUUUGAAAAACACAGAAGAUUUUGCUCCUGCUUAGGUUUCAAGUCACAAAGGAGGCAGGUAAAAUGCUUGAAUUUUCAUCUUGGGAACAUGUUAAUUUAAGAAAACAACAACUCUCUUCUUUCUAGUGCUUGUACAGCUUCUUCUGCUUUGUGGCCUGGGUGACAUUCGGCAGAAAAGACCUGAAGGACAUCCAAGAGGAGGUGGGGCGUCUUUUCUACUCUGACACCUUCAACAUGGCAGUGAGGAGGAGGGCAGAUGGAGACCCAGAAAUGACCCCCGCUAUUAUUUCUGGUUCAGUGAAGAUGGGAGAAACUGACCCCAAAGAGACGGGAUCUAAUUGCACAUCCAAGCACCUGCAGGUUAAAGAGAGGUAAAGGUUGGGCUGGGGCCAUGUGGGGGCCUUUACUCGCUUUGACUCUGCCUCUAUUUUUUAUAAAUAGAACGAUAAUCAAUCAUCUUGUUUUUAUGUGUUUCACCAGUAUUUCACUCAUGAGGGUGCAAUGGUUUACCAUGAGCAUGUGCAUUACGGCGUAUGUGCAAUUUAUGUUGUUUGUGGUGGUCACUGCCAUGUGUCGUUUGACCAUAGACUAUUGAUUGCUGAUUGUUUUUAAUUUAUUCAAACUAAUGGGAUGGAGGAUAAAUGUGGGCAUCACCCAGAGUGUUCACAAGACAAAUCACAUCGUAUCACAUUGUAUCAUAGUGUGUCGCAUCAUAUUACAUCAAAGCGUAUCGUAUUGUGUCGUAUUAUGUCGUAUCGUGUCAUGGUGUGUCAUGUCGUGUCAUAUUGUAUUGUUACUAGGGGUGUCCCGAUACAACUUUUUUACUUCCGAUACAAUAUCGAUACUGUAUUUUUCAGUAUUGGCCGAUGCCGAUAUUGAUCCGAUAUUGGCACAACCUUGUGCAUGACAAGUUUUGCACUCAGCUGAAAUGUCUUUUUCGGACUUUGACAAAAAUAAUGCCACAUGAGCUAGAUCGAAGUGCUGGAGCCUGAAGUCUGGAAUGGACUGCUUUUAUCAGAGUGCUUAUGUCGGAGGUUUUAGAUGCAGGCCGAUACAAUCCGAUAUUCAAUUUUUUUUCUGAUAUCCGAUAUCAAUAUUGGAUUGGAUAUCUCUAAUCGUUCUCUAAUACUUAUUGUGUCGUAUUGUGAUGUAUCAUAUCGAAGCGUGUUGUGUUGUAUCAUUUUAAAAUUUAUCAUAUUGUAUCAUUUUGCAUUGUAUCAUAUAUCGUACAGCAUCAUAUCGUUGCAGGUCAAUCUUACCAUGAUGUGUCGUCCAUUCUUUUUACUAAUGCACUGCAUAACAUUGCAUUACGUGAAAUUGUAUUGCAUCGCGUCACAUCGCACCUCACAUGCCAUUGGAUCGGAUCAGAUCUGAGUUGUAUGGUGUCUUUUUUAGGUCAUUGCCACUUUAAGGAUCCUUUCUGUGUGAAUUUUUUUAUACAGUGUUAAUCGGCAUGAAGCAAAUUCUCCCUGUGGAAGAAUUUGAGCUGCUGAUGGAAGAGCAAUAUGAGGUUGUGACAUUUUCAUCAGCUUUAGUCCAUUUUUGCUCUGCAGCUCAUUUGCUACCGUUAAAACUAAUUACACUGAAAAAUCGAAGAAUGCUUCUCUGGCCUCGGUGCAGUUUAAAUCUGAGUUUUUGGGCUCCAACCAGUGAAGAAAUAAAACAUUUAAUCUCUUACUUAGUUUAAGAAGUUGUUGUGUGAUCUGAUAUUUGUAUUUCAACGAGCUGCUCCCGAGGGCAUGUGCUUUACCAAACUAAUCCAGAUUUAGAGUUUUUGGAGGUAAAUAACUUAAUACAUCCAGCGGUAAAGCUGCCAAUGUCUGAUGAAUAUCAUGUCAGAGCUGACACUGUAAUAUGAUUGAUGUAGACAGAUUUGUAGCUCUGCCUGACAGGAGGGAGUGUCUGACAGCCUGUUUUAUGUUGCUCUGGUAUGUCUGACACUAGAUUGGCAGUUGUGUAAGCUGUCAGAGGCCUAGCGCUCUUUCCUGCUGUCAGGUUGAGACCAAACAAUCCAGAGCCGGGCUCGAAGCUUUGCUCUCCUCCUGAGGGUGGAUAUACAUGACAUGAUUUGGAUGAGCUUCAGCAGCGCUUCCAGCUGCCUCACAGAAACUGAAAAGAUUGUGAUUGGAGGAAAAAAAAGUCUCUACCAUAAUGUUUUUUGCAUUAGUUCUGGAUAAGAACCUGGGUCUUGACAACUUGGCUGCCAUAGCUGUUUUCCUGAUUAAUUAGUUCUGGAUAUUUGUUUAAGUUUCCACCAUGAGUACUUUAGGUAUGUAUGACUAACUGGAAUAUAACAGGGAUGUCUCCUGGUGCAAACACAGCUGCUGUCUGAAGGGGAAUAAACGAUCAUGUGGACAGAUGUUAAGUAGUACACUUGAUUAAAUAAAUGAUGCAAGGAAAGUUCACAAGUUAAAGGGAUAUUCCGGCGUAGAAUUAAUUUAGGGUCAAACACGCCGUAACACCGUGUUAGACACCCAGUCGAGGGAUGAAUGUUGCCGACCGCUUGCUUGUCUAGUUAUACCAACUUUAGUAACCCGCUCAACCAAAACGCCACUCUAUAGCCACAAAUAAUGCUCAGAACGGCACCAAACUUCAUCAACAGUUCAUAUAGGGUCCCAGCAACAGCACCAGCCACCAAACAUCUUUCUAGCUUUCCCUGAUUUCUUUAGCAAAGAGACUAAACACAACUCACCUACUCUCUUCCAGCAGCCGCUUGUUUGGGCGAGUCCAUUGACCGCAGCGGGGUGAUGCAGCUCAAUGAAGAAUGUUUAUGUCUAAAGAAAUUAGGCAAAGCUAAAAAGGUUGUACUGUUGAUGAAGUUAGGUGCUGUUCUGAACAUUAUUUGUGGCUAUAGAGUGGCGUUUUGGUUGAGCGCGUGGCUUUCUGUUUUGCUAUCGUGUGGUCGUUACUAAAGUUGGUAUAACUAGACAAGCAAGCGGUCAGCAACAUUCAUCUCUCGAGGGGGUGUCUAACUCUGUGUUACGGUGUGUUUGACCCUAGCUUAAUUCUAAUAUCCCUUUAAGCCUCUUAUUUGCUUUUACAUUUUGUGAAUGGUUUAUAAAAAUGUUUCAGGAUCUUUUCACAAAUUUAUACAUGUUCGUUAUUCGAAGUGAAUAAGACAAUAAAAAGUUGAUAUUACUUACUAAAAGCUAUCAAUAGUCCUGCUUUGAAGCCCCAAACAAGCUGUAAAUAUGUUUCUUUAGCCAAUCAACUCACUUGACUCCGCCCCCUUCACAGCUGUUUCGGGCACAUGUAAAUUACAACAGAGGAAAUUUCAGCUUUGUUUCUGAUGAUCUUAUUUGCUUUCAAAUGCCAGAAAGACACAAUGAGAUCAGUCUCAGCCUGGACCUCAGUCAUUCAAAAACUCCUUAUAGUACCUUUAAUAAAAAUAGACCCCUAACAUUUAUUCUAUCUUGCCUCUGAGGACUUCCAUAUGUCCCAAUGUAAUCUAUAAUAAUUUGUCUCUGUCUUCAGAUCAUUGCAGAAACACCCUCCCCUCAGCUCAUUAGCUAAUCAGCGAUCCCCACUGCUGGUGUCCCUGCUGCCCUCGCCCAAAGAACUUUCACCCCAUCUGUUCCUCGGCAGCCGGGCCAAGAGGCAGAGCCUGCUGCCAGUGGAGCGCUGUGACACCCACGCUCUGGCAGAGGAGCUGGACCAGCAGCUGGCUGGUGUCAGGUGAGGUAGAGAUAAAAAAAUGCCCCACAUAAAGGGUCUGUGGAAGACGGGGCUUGUUGCUGUUUUACUGCUGGACAUUAAGAUAACAGAGGAGAGGCAGAUAUACUCAAAACAAACCAGCUGUAACACUGAGACACUUUAACUAAUGUAUGUGCAGUGUUGUGAUAAAGAAUCAGACACACUUCACUUUUAAAGACUUGGCUGUAAUUUUAAUAUUUAAUCAUUUAGGUUUUGUUUUAUUUAACGUUUUCCUUUUUAUUGUUGUCUCUCUGUUAUUCCUAACUUCUCCUCCUGUCUUUUGCAAACAUUUGUGCUCAAACUUUGUUUUUUAAAUUCAUUUUUCUUGUUUCCAGUUUGUUUUGAAAAACAACACCAAAUUGUACGCCCAAGACUUCUGUAACAAAGCAUGCUGUUCUGGUAAUUUUAUGAUUGCCAUAAAGAGACAAUGGCAUUAUUUUUCAAUAGAGAUAGGAACUUUCAUCUAACUAGAUAGGCAAAUUGAUUCAUAGACCAUUGUUAUUAAAAAAUAUAAAGAGAUUGUGUGCUACCUAUGUCCUUCUGUAAAUGUGAUAUUUGUUAUGUAAAAUUAAUUCACCUUUCCCCAUUUCCUCUCUGUUCAUUUAUUUAUAAAGCAGCUUCGGGAUUCUUGGGAAACCGUCAUGUCAGUUCAGCCGCAGCACCCUGAUACCCCUCAGAGAGCAGCAAGACAACAAUGAUGAGGAAGACGACCACGAACCGAGGGGUAACAUGAGGAAAAACAGCGAGGAUCAUCCUGGUCUUAGCUAUAAAGGUAGCACAUCAUCCCUCAAGGGACCUGAAUGA